GUUAUUGUUAUUUCUCCACGGCAGCGUGACAGAGAUAUGUCCAUCGAUCACGUGGUUCUUCCUCUGUUUCCGAGCAUUUCCGUGUUUACAUUCCCGGAUCCCUCAUGGCUUUCAUCACAAAGAAGGAUCGUGCUAAAGAAAGAUUCUCGCUGUUGUUGCUGGAUCUGGAGGAACAUUAUUUUGAACAACACACUGCUUAUAAUCUGAGCAACAGCAGUCCAGAGGCGAACAGACGAUCCAGCGGCUCAUUAAAGAUCUGCUCUAAAUCGGUGAUCUUUGAACCCGAUGAUGUGAAGGAGCCUAUUCUAAAGAUUCCCCUGAAAGACUGCGACGGGAUCGCGGCGCUGGAGGAGUCGGCACACAACCCGUUUAUAGAAAGUGAACCUGCCUGCAUUCUUAUAGAAACCAAGCAGAUUUAUCUAAUUAAAGAAGAAAAUGCGGUUGCUCCGUAUAAAUACAAAAGGGGAGAAAGAAAGGUCGUGUUCCAGUUGGAGGCGAACAGAAAAACGGAGGAUGUUGUUCAGAUGUUGUUACAGUUGCACAGAGCGUCGCGUCUGGAAAAACUGGGCGAUCAGACGGCAAUGAUUGCUGCUAUAUUGCAGUCCCGGUUGGCAAGAACGUGUUUUGAUAAGAACAGUUUUCAGGACGUGGCCGAACACCCGCACAUGGAGUGUGUGGCGGAAACGGUUUCUCCUUUGGUGACGAACGCCGGACACGUUUGCAUCAGCGAUCGCAAUCUUUACUUCCAGCCGCUGAACGGCUAUCCGGAUCCAGUGGUUCAGAUCGAGUUACACAGUGUGAGACGCAUCUACAAACGGAGACACGGACUGAGGCCUUUGGGCCUUGAGGUGUUUUGCACAGAGGAUGAUCUGCGCUCGGAUAUAUACCUGAAGUUCUACAGCACUAAAGAGAGAGAUGAGCUUUACUACCACAUUGCAACUAUUCUUGAGAACCACGUAGCGGAGCACACGGCAGAGAGCUUCAUGCUACAGUGGCAGAGAGGACACAUCUCCAACUAUCAGUACCUGCUCCACCUCAACAACCUGGCGGACCGCAGCGUCAACGACCUCUCGCAGUACCCGGUGUUCCCCUGGACCGUCAGCGACUACAGCAGCGCUCAGCUGGAUUUGCUGAAUCCUGCUUCAUUUCGAGAUCUCAGUAAACCAAUCGGAGCGUUGAACCCCGAGAGACUGGAGAGAUUACUGGAACGCUACAGAGACAUGCCUGAGCCUCGUUUCAUGUACGGCAGUCAUUAUUCAUCACCUGGAUAUGUGCUUUUCUACCUCGUCAGAGUGGCUCCAGAACACAUGCUGUGCCUGCAGAACGGCCGCUUCGAUCACGCCGACCGCAUGUUCAACAGUGUUGGAGAGACGUGGAAGAACUGUUUAGAGGGAGGCACUGAUUUCAAAGAGCUGAUUCCCGAGUUUUAUGGAAGUGACAGCAGUUUUCUGAGGAAUCUUCUGGGUCUGGAUCUGGGCCGGAGGCAGGGAGGAGGACGAGUGGAGAGUGUUGAUCUUCCUCCGUGGGCUUCAGAUCCGGACGACUUCUUGCAGAAGCAGCGUCUGGCUCUGGAGAGUCCGUGUGUGUCUGAGCACCUGCACGAGUGGAUCGAUCUGAUCUUCGGAUAUAAGCAGAAGGGCAGCGAGGCCGUGGCCAGCCAUAACGUGUUCCACCCGUUAACAUAUGAGGGAGGAGUCGACUGCGACAGUAUUGAGGACCCGGAUCAGAAAAUAGCCAUGCUAACUCAAAUCCUGGAGUUUGGCCAGACGCCCCGCCAGCUCUUCGUCACUCCUCAUCCUCAGAGGAUCACUCCUCGCUUCCACAGCCUGUCGGCGACCGUCAGUCUCAGCAGCUGCGAGCUCUCGCCAGUGUCUCCUAGCAUGGACUCGUUUGAGGACCUGACUGAGGAGAGCAGGAAGAUGGCCUGGAGCAACAUGAACAAACUCGUAUUGCAGUCGCGCCACAAAAUACACAAGGAGGCCGUGACGGGCAUCGCCGUGACCCUCGGUGGAGAUGCCAUCUUCUCCACUUCUCAAGAUUCCACACUAAAGAUGUUCUCCAAAGAGAACGGCCUGCAGAGAAGCGUGUCCUUCUCCAACAUGGCGCUGUCCUCCUGCCUGAUGCUGCCUGAUGACGAGAUCGUCGUGUGCUCGUCCUGGGACAAUAAUGUCUAUUUUUACUCGAUAGCGUAUGGAAGAAAGCAGGAGACUCUGAUGGGUCAUGAUGAUGCAGUUAGUCAUAUUUGCUGGAGGGACGACAAACUUUACACGGCAUCCUGGGACUCGACUGUGAAGAUCUGGAAGUGUGUAGCGGCCGACGUGUCCAGGAACAAGCGCACCGGGUUCGAUCCGCUCGCUGAGUUUGAGCACGAGGCCGGGGUCAACUGUCUAGACCUCAGCCCUGCGGGAACACUGAUGGCGACGGGCACUAAAGAGGGAACGCUCACUGUGUGGGACAUGACCAGUACUGUGCCUCUCAACCAGCUCAGCUGCCAUACUGGGAGGAUCCACCAGCUGGCCUUCAGUCCAGACAGCAGGCAUAUCUUGAGUGUCGGCGAGGACUCGUGUUUGGCGGUGACGGAUGUGCAGACUGGAAUGCUCAUCGCUACUGUACACGCCGAGCAGGAGCAGAGGUGCUUCUGCUGGGAUGGAAACACUGUGUUGUCUGGAGGGACGACAGGAGAUCUCAGUGUGUGGAACCUCCUCAGCAGUAAAGUCAUCCACACGAUCCCUGCUGCUCACUCAGGUGCGGUGACGUGUGUGUGGAUGAACGAUCAGUGCAGCUCCAUCAUCACUGGAGGACUGGAUAAACAGAUCAGUCUGUGGAAACACCAGUAUUAACACACACACACACACACACACACACACACACUCAAGUGGACAUUAUUCAGGAUCCGGGGUGUUUUUGGUCAUAGUUCUCUGAGACUUGAACAGAUACAGUAGCAGUUUUAAAUCCGCUGCAACACUUUUACAUUAUUAUUUAGCAUUUUUAUUGUGUUUUAGAACUGAAGAACAUUAAUCAUAAUUGAUGUUUACAUUAAAUUAUAUAUUUGGCUCCUUUUAUUAUAUAACACGUGUAUAACAUCUGUCCUGUUUCCACUUCAACAUGCAUAAAAACAGCAACAAUUCAUAUAAUUUAGUAAAGACAAUCAAUCAGCUAUUAUUGGUUUUUUUUUUAAAUAAUAAUAAUUACCAAAUCAUCAAUAUUAUAAAUCGGAACAUUUCCUAGUCAGCUAUAAUAAUAAAGGUGUCAAGACUUGAUCCCAGAAGAUGAAUUAUGAAGUAUUAAGCAGAUAUUAUAUAUGGAAUAUGUUUAAUGUUCUGCAGUUUUUGAGCCAAACGCAUUUUUUAAUGUGCCUUAGUUUUUAAUCAUAAAAAACCUCUCUUUAAUUAUGCUCGCAUGUUCAGCUAAAAUAUAUGCAUACUAAUUAUUACACUAGUUAUGUAUGAUGAUAUAUUUAAGUGAGGGUUUGAGUAAAACCUUCUGUAAUAUACGGUAAUAAAAUAUAGUGUUACAUCUUGACGGGUUAUGGAUGCAUCUGUAUAUAUUGUAUGCGAACUGUAUAUUUCAUACACUGUUAUUUAUGUCAUGAUAAUAUUCGUUUGAGAAAUGCUCUUCAGUGAAGAACAUUAGUGUGUGAGUUGAGUUGAAAUCACAGGAUUAUGCAAUGAGCACACGAGUUAUGAAGAGACGGUUACGACUGUCCUGUAACCAUCAGAAAUUGCAUUUUCGAGAUAUGUUGAGUGUGUGGACUGCAUGUUUUACUAUAUCAUGUUUAUGGGUUUUUGUUCAUUUCUUCUCAACUGUGUGUUUUUUAACUGCUGGAAAUUAAACGACUUUAAAAAUGUU